GUGAGGUCUCGAAACGAACGAGUCGGGAGGCAUGAAGUUAGUAUUCAUACUCCGUUAUGAGUACAUACGUAAGUUUAAAUCGGAUGCGUUGCCUGCAUCGGUUUUAUUUUUUUAGCAUUUUAUUUUACGAGAGGCAUUACAUAAAAUAGUAAUUUGUAACUAGAUGAAAAAAGGAGUUUUCUAAAAAACGAUUUCCGAAGUGAAUGAAUAGUGCCUUUGGAUGUUUCUCAUUAUCAGAAACACAUAAAAUUAAGUAAACUUUUCAGCUUCAAAAUAAAUCCUAUUUUAGCAGAUGAUCGUGCUUUAGUUGUGCAGAGUUGUGAGAAAGAUUAAACUUAUAAAAGUUAAGACAAACAAGAUGAAGAAAGUAUGGGAAAUGGAAUGAACAAGGUUCUGCCUGGCCUCUACUUAGGUAGCUUCCGAGACGGCAAAGACUCUGAACAGCUGCGCAACAAUGACAUCACUCACAUCGUCUCUAUCCACGACACGGCGAAGGAAGUCGUGGAGGACAAGAAAUACCUGUGCAUUCGAGUGCCUGAUUCUCCCGAGGAGAACCUCUCCAAGUACUUUUCCAAGUGCAAUGAUUUCAUCCAUGAUGCCAGAUUGAGCGGAGGGAAUGUCCUGGUCCACUGCCUGGCGGGAGUUUCGCGGAGUGCGACAAUCGCCGCCGCCUACAUCAUGUCCGUUACCACUCUCACUUGCAAGGACGCCCUGAAAGUAGUGCGCGGCGCCAGGAACAUCGCCAACCCCAACUACGGAUUCCAUUCACAACUCAAGGAGUAUGAAUCUUACAUUCUCACAGCGGAGAGGAAACGACUGAAACUUAAAUUCCCCGAUUUCAACCAGGAGAAGGACGAAGAGGAAUGUGCCAAGAUGAUCAGUGUCUAUCACAGUAAUCCCCAUGGUAACAUAGCCGCAGCCUCUCACAGUCGAAGGCCAUCAGCCUCAUCGUCUGCCUCUUCCACUCCCUCUACAACUCCUGUGCAUCGUCUGCGGCUGAAACCCAGGAGUGCCUCCAGCAGCCCCAAGCGUCAGCCCUGACACAGCAAAAUCUGCCCUCAGUAUCAAGUGAUUUGCUUCCACAUCUAUCGAAGGAACCAUUCCUUUCAUUCCAAUAUUCAUCAGAGCUACCCUAUUUUUUAUUUUCCAUGUUUGAAGUUUUUACUUUCUUUCGUGUUAAUCUUCCUCUCCGUUCAUUACUUUUGAGAAAAAUUCUGCAAAUCUUCAUCAGUCGUUAUCCUUCAAACUGCCUCUCGUUCAAAAGUUUUUUUAAUAUGAAUAUUGGCCUUACCUCUAGAAGCUUUGAUCAGAUUUGAAUAUGCUGCUUGGAACAUGAAAUCUGGAUCGAAUUCAAUAGAUGGACCAAGCAGUUGAAAAUGGGGUGGGGGGGGAUAUUGAAAUUUUUAUUUCCCCAAUACUCUCUUGCGAUUAGAGACAGAAACAAAAUUCAAAUUAGAUUAAUUGUCGCUUUAAGGUCCUUAGCUUUUGUUCUAAAAGCAUUUCGAGGGCUACAAUAAGUUAUAAAAAGAAAAGUAAUAUUUAAUAUUCUAACUGGCACUGUUUUUACCUAAAGUUCUGACAUUUUGUUGGAAAGUUCUCGUUUAUUGUAUUUUCUUCUGCCUACUCUCAUCCCGGGAACUACAACUCUUAUAAAAUAUAGAAAAAGAAAUUAUUGAAGACAGAUUAAUUGUAUAUCCUGGGGAAAAAAAUCGAUCUUCUCCUUCGAACUUGUCGAUUAAUUUAUUUAUUUUUUAAAUUUUUAUUGUUUGAUCUUAUUUAGAAUUUUUUUUUCUUAUGAACUACUUUUUUGCUUUAACAGUGCAAAAACAAUAUAACAUAAAUUAAAAUUUUAAGUAUAUAUUAUAUCUUGUAGAAUCACAUACAGUUUAUUUUUUCUUUGAUAUAAUAUAAAUAUAAUAAAAUCAUAUUUAUAUUAUAUUUCUAUUUUAUUAAUAGAAUUAUAAUAAAAUGAAAUAUUUAAUUAAAAAUCACUUCAGAAAGUUUUGUUUCAUCACAAAGAAUAAUAAAUGAACCGCUCUAUUUCUGAAAGGAGUGGUUCAUUACUAGUUUCGGAAACAUUCCAUUGACUCGUUUUGAGAUACAAUAUAAAACUAGUCUAUAUUUCUAAACUAGCUUCGUAUAAUCUCUCGCCCCGUAUUGCGCAUCACCGUAAAGGGAUGAGACUCUUUAUAACUUUAUUAUGAUGUAGAUGAAAAUAACAGACAAGUUUCAGGAACAGUUAUUUCAUUAUUUUUUAAAUUCCAUAUUUUUCAAGCCAAAACAAACACGAAAAUACACGACACUCACUUAAAGUACAAUCUAGUAAUGACCUUCCAGAAGGAUCAUGGGAAAUAUAUCUUGAUGUUAAUUAGGCCACGCCAUCUGUUGCAUCCAAAGAGAAGGUAGUAGAAUGAUGUAACCGCUACAAGUACUCAUUUUUCUUUUUUUAAUUGUGUUAACCGAAUUUCCGGCAUUCAGAAUUGGCUACUGAAUAUAAAUAUAUGUCAAAUUCUUUUUAUCAUUCUGUUAGUUCAAGGAUUUUAAAUACUCAAAUGACGUGCAGCCAGAAAAUGCCUUUUUUUUCCUUACAAAAUACUAGAUUUUUAUUACAAAUAUAAUCGAGAAGCUUUCGACUGAUCGACACUCUUUUGUCUCUCACUAUUAUGUUAUUAAGCUAUAUUACUAUUUACUCCCCGAAUAUUUUCCGAAGUCAUUUCAUUUCAUUGUUUGGUUUAGUUCUAAUUGCUUAAAAUGAUUCUAAUCUAAGACCAUAAAGCUGAAGUUUAUAGGUUUGCCGAAUUUUCAAACUCUUCAAGUUCAUCUUCAUACAGCCGAAAUGCAUCUUCUUAUUAAAAAUCGGAAGAAAAAAAGAUUCCAUUAUGACACUACCCCUUUGAUGUACAUUUGUUUAGACAGUUGGCAGUCAAUGGGUUUCGUUAUACCGGGACUCAAAUCUUAUAGAUCAUUUCUUUCUAAUACGAAUGGAUAUCAAAACCAUCUUAUCUAAAACGCAGAUGCGUGGAACUAAACGUAUGGAAAGAAGUAGAAUAAUAAGAGCAAGAGAAGCAUUCAUGCUCUGAGUGAACCUUUCAGUGUAAACACAUGUUAAAAAGUAAUUUGUUUUUCUUCUGUUUUACUGGUGAUAUUCAAACCUGGAAUUGCAUCAUUCAGCAGAAUGUUUCACUCCUCCUCCCCCCUUCUAUGGUCAGCGAAUCACAUAAAUAUUACAACCGAGGGUGUUCUCAGGGUUCAUCUGUGCGCACGCAGUCUUGGAGAGCCAAUAUUUCAUUUCUUCUCCACAUAUCGGAGCCAAGGAAUGAAAUCAGUUGACAUCUUAUGGACUAGUUGAAGAUUUCUCAGAUUUCAACAUUGUGCCCCCUUUUCAAGCCCUGGUGGCAGCCUAUCAUCGAUACAUGAGGAGAUCCGAAUAUUUUUGAAUAAAAGUGCUUCAGGAUGUGAUGACAUUCGAGGUGAAUUUUUCGGAAAAACACUCUAAAAUCGUUAUAUUUGUGAAUUUUUCCAUAAAAAAAGAUUGAAAAAAACAAAAACAAAUAUGAAACCAAAUAUCCCAAUGAAAUGGAAAACGGUUUCUUAAAAAUGUGGGAGAAAAGAGGUAUUUGGCUAAAAAAAAGUAUAAAGCAGAAAUCCUUUAGCUUAAAGAUUUAGCAAAUGUUUUGCUUAAAAUGUUGCGAAUGACUUAAGAAAUGUAUGACCGAGUUCCUGAACUAAAAAAAUAACCUGCGUUUGAAUCCAUUUUUUAGAUAUUGGGAAUAAACGGACAGAUAGCAGGAAAUGUUCAUUUUUUUUUGGGGGGGGGGUUGUGAAGCAAUAAGAUAAUAAUAGAAUAUUUUUAAAUAAAUAGAUUAUUUAUUCUAUAAUUCAAGGACUAUUAUACUAAAUUUGAACAGAAAAUAGGCAUUAGAUUUUCAUUUAUGAGAAUUUAGUAAGCAAAUUCUACCAAAUAUAAAAAUGUGAGAAAAUAGAUUUUAAAGAUGUAAAACAGCAUGAAAGCGUCAUCAAAUCCAAGUAUAAAAAAUCAGUGUCACUUCGUAAAAAUGGAAACAAAAUUCAGAAGAAAACUGCUUAAACAUUAAGAAUAUUAAAUUUUAAAAAAUCGUUUUUCUCAACAUAUCGACUUUUUACCGGAAUCAUCUAUCUACCUUAAGAAGGAAACUAGCACUUUAAAGAAUGGCUGUAAGACAGACUUGUGAUAGGACAAAACAACUGACAUUUUCUAAAUGGAAUAAUACAAAAAUCGUUGCGCAUAGAAUGCAGCAGCUGAAGCAAUCAAGACAGGUGAAUCAACCUUUGAACAUUAUCGUGCUAUCUUGUGUCGAACGAGAAGCUCAAAACUGUUCUUGACAGAAAGCAUUUCAAACUUUAAAUUAAUUUUAUCUAAAUGGAUUAAAAUGAAUAAAUAUAUUACAAACUAUGAAAAUAUUUCGCGACCCUAAAAUAAUAUUCAACGAGGCCAUUUGGGAUCUUGAUCUGAUACUUAAAACUCGUUGCAUUUUUCCGAUUUCAAUAGUUAUGAAAAAAAAAAUUCUUUUGUAAAGCAUCAUUGUGAUUUCAAGGAUAAUUACAAAUAUGGACAACUACAAAUAUAUACAAAAAAAAAUCUUUCAUUACUUUUAACUUUUUUAUAAUGAAAAAGUAGCUUUGGUCAGCUGCAAGAUAAAUCUAGUUACAUUGUCAUAGAACUUUAUGAAUGUUAUUUUAUUGCCGAACAUUUUGUCCGAAUCAUUGUCCAGAUUAUUGAAAUAAAUUUAUUGCUCAUGUAAAAUAGUAUGUAUCACACUUUUAAUUACAUUUUUCACUUUAGGUUUAAUGAAUCAUAUUGCAGGAUACAGAAUUGCUGAGAUUCGAACAUUUUUCAUCUUGUACAUUUCAUGGCUACUGAGAAAUACUCUUGAGUAUCUAAUUUAUUUCAUUCUCAAAAUGUCUAUUAGAAAGCUUCUAGAAAACUAAAUAAUCGCGUUUAACAUUAAAUUAAUUAAAAUUCUAAGUGAAUCUUAUUAAUAAAAUGCAUUACCACGAAAAUAGUAUAAAUGUUUAUAAUUUGACAAAUAAAAAUAAAGCACAAAAAUGUAACUUACUCCUUAUAUAAUGGGUACGCAUCGUGUACAUCCGUAUGCACUCGUUUAGUAUAAAUUGUUUCUUCAUUAUUCUGCAUUCAUUCAAGAAGAACAAAAUCAAACGAGGUUCUUAAAGCGUGAAGUAGUCAUUGAAAAUGGUAUCAAAUGUUUAGAGAGUUUUACGACCAUUUUACCCUAAGAAUAAAUAACAUUUUCACCUUAACAUUUAAAAUUUUGAUAAAAAGCUAUUCUGAUUGUUGGAAAUUGAAAUACUAGCAGAAGCUAUUUCCUUGAAAACCAGAACAUAAUAAAUUUCCGUCAUUAAAUUUUGUAGCGUCUAUUGUUGAAUAUUAUCAUGUAUUGCAAACCGAAUUCUUUUGCGCAAUUUUGUGUGCUAUUUUGUUCUUGAUUUUUUUUUGUUCUUCUUUUCAGUAUUUUUAAAAUUAUUUAUUUUAUAUUAUUAUCUUUCACCUUAAUAUUAGACAUAUUUCACUAUAUUUUAACAUGCAGCAAUGAUUUUAUAGCUAUUGUUUGAGAAUUUUUUUUUUAAUUUGUGACCGUAAGUCAAAUGAAAUAAAUAUUAAAAUAAGUUUAGAAAUUUAUUUAUUUCUGAACCCUUUCUACAAAUUAUUAGCUAAUCAAAAGUUUGACGAAAAAUAAACAUUUAAAAUAAAGCGCCUUUAUGUUUUGAUCCAUUUUGAUUUACAAAUUUCUCAAUCAUUCUUCUUUUUUUUUUUUUUAUCUAGAACAUUUUUAGAUUCUAACUUACCACUUGACUUGAAAUUCGAUGCUCCAUGUUGAAUGUAGAAAGCCUUUUAGUUUAAAAAAAAUUAUUUCUGGACAUUCAGUUGUUUCAUUUGCUUUUUCUAUAAACAUAAAUCAUCUCACGAGAAUAUCUGAUCCUCGAAUAUAUAUUAAAAAUUAAUUAAAUUAUCGAUUUCAGAAGGUAUGCCUUUAAUGCAGUUUAUUCGAAGAAGAAUUUCAUCUAACGGCUUCCCUUUCUUUGAUGUUUUUUUCUGCUAUAAAUAAUAGCUUUCAAAAUUUAAACUAGACGAUCCAAUUCCCCCCCCCCCUCCCAUUCUAAUUUUUGUUAACCCUGUAUUCCUGUAAAAUUCCAUUUGUAUCUUUGUCUUUUUUGUAGUUUCUUUUUAUUAUUUUGAAAUGUUUUAGACUUUAAGGAAUAAAUGUUACAGGCUUACUGAAAAGAUAUUGGAAUUCGAAGAUUGCAUAUCUCCUUGCUUCUGAAAUAGUCCAAUGCACCUCUGAUUGCCUUUCUCCACCUUUUAACCAUAGGAUGUUUACCUUUUCUUUGGGGCAAGAAGGAAAAGAGUGUUACCCUUUCCUACUUUACUGGAAAGAUUUAUCCUUUAUUAGAAAUGAAGAAAUAAUGACGAACAGAAGAUUUACGAAUUUUUAGAAAGGAGGGAAUGACGUAUAGCCAACACUUAAUUAAUUAAUUAAAAUGACUACAUUAUAUAAUUGAAUGUAUUGUAUAAAUGAAGCACUUAAUCAUAACAACAAAGUUAGGAAUGAAUUAGAUCUAUGAAUACAUAGCGUGUAAAUGAAGAAUUUAUAAACAAUAUUUUUAUCGUAUUACGACACCAGAAAUCAUGAUUUAAAAAUAUAAAUUAAUUUGCAACGAGUUGAAAUUUUCUUAAAAGCGCUUCCUUUUUCAGUCACCAGUUAGUUAAAAAGUUACGGAUAUUCAGCAGAGAUUUGCGCAGCCUUAACAUGACUUUGUAGAUCGUUUUCUAAAAAUGUUUAUAGCUAGCAUAAGAACUAAUAUUCAGAGCUUAUAUGUUCUUAUUGCACAUAUUUUUUAAGUCAUGAGUUUUUAUCACAAAGCAUUAUUAGUCUCGUAUAAUACUAAGCAGAAGAUGAAAAUGAAUAAUUUAUUUUUAGAUUCAUUUUAUUAGUUUUAAUUAGGAGAAAUAUCUUCCCAAAUAACGUCUGUUAAUAUUAACAGAAGAAUUUUCUGAAAUGUAUUCUAUAAAUAGUUAAAUGUGAAAAAUUUUAGUAUUUUGUAUAUAUGAUUUGAAAUGUAUCAUAUUCAAACGGAAAAAUUCUUGUUUGUUUUCUUAAACCUAAUAGUAACAUUUCUUGGAACUUAAUUAGUAAAUUUUGUUACUUUUGAAGCUUUAUAAAUGUCACCUUCAAGUCGAUCAGUAGCAGAUCCUUUCAGAAGAAGGAUAAAAAAAAAUCAUAUUAAAAAAAGUAAAACUGCCUUAUAGUGUUUUCUUUGAUACGAAAGAGCUUCAUAAAUUGUCAGCGUACACAUGAGUUAAUAAUUGUUAAUGUUAUCAAUUCUUGUUUGUCAACGCUAUUUUGCAUUGUUUGUUGAAUGUGAUGAUUUCUGAAUGUGUCGCUUCAUUUAUAAUUUUCUAUUAUUUUUUUCGAAUACACAUUUUGUUUUAUAUUAACUUAUGAUUAU